UUAAUGACUUGAAUAAUUAUUCUCAUGGCUUCGACGCUUCACUACAAAACAACCGACUGCUUAAUAAGACAUCAAGUCUCGUUGAUUUUACUCUUCUUUAGUCACAUUUCAUUGAAAUAAUAAAAAGUAAUGUUCACAGUUAAUGCUAAAUGUCAAGUAUCGAAAAAAUUGAGAAAAUAUUCCCACUCAGAAUGUUAGAAUUGGAUUUCUGAAUGAAAUAAUCCAAUUCUAUAUAAUACUAAUCCAAAACUAAUACAAUAUUCAAUUUAUUUAUGAGGUAUAGCAUUAAUAUGUUUUAGUUACAGAAAAAAAAUUAUGUUCAUUGGUGACAUGAAAUGGCGAUUCGAUACGCAAUUGCAAUAAUGAUCCUUUUGGCAAAAUGUAGCAUUUACAUGUUGAGGGCUCAGAUGAGCUUUGCUAUUUUGACGAUGGUCCCGAGAAAUAGAGUACUCAUUCAAACCGACAACGAAUGCGUUCAAAAUGCAACAUCAUUGAAGAUGUCUGAAAAUUACCGUAAUCGUCAUUCGCCAAUACAUAAUUGGUCUGAACUUAGCAUGUGUGGAGUUGUAGCUGCUCACUACGCUGGUUUCUACAGCACUGAACUUUUUGGAUCGUACGUUGCCACUUUUAGUCCAAAAAACGUAAUUUCUUGGUUCAUUUUGUUACCCAGUACUGCGAAUACACUGAUCCCGCUUUUUCUUCGACUUGGAGAAUGGACAAUAUUUCUCAUGAAAGUUUUCAUCGGCAUUUGCACAGGACUCAAUCAGGAGUCAUUUGCAAUAUUGACACUGAAAUGGGCUCCGCCGAAUGAUAGAAUAUUGUUUUCUGGAAGUUUAUAUGGUGAGUACAAGAUAAAUUAUGUGACAAAGGAUAUUGGACACUGUGUUGAAUUUUUUGUGCUACUUAAAGCAGUCAACAACCAGUGAAGUAAAACUGUGAAUUCAAUUGGGAAUAAAUAUAUAUAUCAUAUAUUUUCAAUGCUGGUAACUAAAUGAUAUGUACUAUCUUACAUUUCAAUGUUUAAAUCUUUUGUGCUACUCUUUUUAACCACUUAACUGCCAAGGCAUUGUAGCGGCAUAAUCGGAU